AUGGGCUCCAUAGAAAACCCGGAAGCUAUUGCUUCAGCCAUGAUCCAUAUACUCCCGCUGGCUGGCAAGGUAUAUGGAAUCACAGGUGGCGCAAGUGGCAUCGGCCUAGCCACGGCCCAGAUCCUUUCAAGGCGGGGCGCCACGGUGUGUAUCGCCGACAUUGACCCAAAGGCGAUGGCGAGCGCAGAAGUAUACUUCUCUGGACAGAGCGGUGCUAAAUAUAGCAUUACCAAGGUGGACAUAUCGAAGCGGUCCGAAGUUAAUGCUUGGGUGGACGGGAUAAUAAGCCAGUUCGGCAGGCUCGACGGCGCGGCAAACGUUGCCGGUGUCAUUGGCAAGAUCCACGGCACCGUUCCGGUGUCUGAGAUGGAUGAUGACGAGUGGGAUAGGAUCGUUGCCGUCAACCUCACCGGUACCAUGUACUGCAUGAGGGCGCAACUGAAGAAUAUCGUGGACGGAGGCUCCAUUGUGAAUGUGGCAUCGAUACACGGUCUCAAGGGCUUUGCCAACCAUGCUGCAUAUGACGCGAGCAAGCAUGGUGUGAUUGGCUUGACCAAAGCUGCGGCACAAGAGAACGGUGCCAGAGAAAUCAGGGUCAAUGCCGUUGCUCCGGGUGCCAUUUACACCCCUUUGAUGCAGAAGAACUGGGACAUAACAGGACGACCCAAAGACGCGCCUUUCGAUGACCCCAGCGCUUUCAGAAGACAGGGCACCGCAAUGGAGACAGGAAACGUUAUUGCGUUCCUGCUUGGUCCUGAUAGCACUUUCGUGAGCGGAAGUGUUUAUUCUGUCGACGGUGCUUGGAUAUGA